AUGAAGGAGGCGGUGGGAAAGACUUUGGACUCGGAGUUGUGGCAUGCCUGUGCUGGAGGCAUGGUCCAGAUGCCUCCAGUGAACUCCAUGGUCUUCUAUUUCCCUCAAGGACACGCUGAGCAUACUCUCACUAGUGUGGAUUUCACUGCCCUGCCUAGAGUUCCACCUAUGAUUCUCUGUAGGGUUGCUGCGGUGAAAUAUUUGGCAGACCCCGAAACUGAUGAGGUUUACGCAAGGAUUAGGCUGAUCCCAAUUGAGAACAAUAAACACAGUUUUGAAGAUGAUGGAAGUUUGGGGAGUAAUGGAUCUGAAUUGAAUGAAAAGCCCACUUCUUUCGCAAAAACACUGACCCAAUCUGAUGCAAACAAUGGUGGGGGGUUCUCGGUCCCAAGGUACUGUGCAGAGACAAUUUUCCCGCGGUUGGAUUAUACAGCUGAUCCUCCUUUGCAGACUUUAAUAGCCAAGGAUGUUCAUGGGGAGACUUGGAAGUUUAGACAUAUCUAUAGAGGGACGCCAAGAAGGCAUUUGUUGACCACUGGUUGGAGUUCCUUUGUGAAUCAGAAGAAGCUGGUUGCAGGGGAUUCAAUUGUAUUUUUGAGGGCAGAAAAUGGGGAUCUUUGCAUUGGAAUUCGAAGAGCCAAGCGCGGUGUUGGCUUUGGUGGGCAUGAGACCCCAUCUGGGUGGAACUCUAGUGGUGCUGGAAAUUUAGGGGGAUUUUCAGCCUUUCUGAAGGAAAAUGAAAACAAGCUGAUGCAUAGAGGUGGUAAUAAUGGGAAUCUAAUGGAGAGGGGGAGAGUCAAGCCUGAAUCGGUUUUCAAUGCCACACUCCUUGCUGCCAGUGGCCAACCUUUUGAGGUGGUUUAUUACCCAUGUGCAAGGACGCCAGAGUUUUGUGUGAAGGUGUCAUCCGUGAGAGCGUCUAUGAGGAUCCAGUGGUGCCCUGGAAUGAGGUUCAAGAUGGCUUUUGAAACUGAGGAUUCCUCACGUAUUAGCUGGUUUAUGGGAACUAUAGCUUCUGUUCAGGUUGCUGACCCCAUUUGCUGGCCUAAUUCAAUGUGGCGUCUUCUUCAGGUGACGUGGGAUGAACCAGAUUUCCUGCAAAAUGUGAAGUGUGUUAGCCCAUGGCUAGUUGAAUUGGUCUCAAAUAUGCCUGUUAUUCAUCUGUCACCAUUCUCGCCACCAAGGAAAAAGUUGUUUUUACCGCAUCAUUCAGAUUUUCCAAUUGACGGUCGCUUUCCCAUGCCAUCAUUUUCUGGCAAUCCCAUUGGACCAAGCAGUACCUUUAGUUGUCCAUCUGACACCAUCUCUGCAGGUAUACAGGGAGCCAGGCAUGUUCAAAUCGGAGUCCCUUUAACGGAUCUCCACUUUAGCAACAAACUGCAGUUGGGACUGUUACCCAGUGUCCUGCAUCUUGAUCCCCAUGCUAAAACUUCUGAUGAUAUUGUUGGAAACCGCAUGGAUAGUAAUGAAAAUAUAUCUUGCUCGUUAAGUAUGGGGAAUUAUAGUAAGAAGUCAGAGAAAACUGACCAUGUAAUAACGCCUCGGUUUGUACUCUUUGGUCAGCCGAUACUCACUGAGCAGCAGAUGUCUCUUGAUUGCUCUAGUGAUGCAGUUUAUAAACUGUCAUCGGUAAGGAGUUCCUCAGGUGGGACACCAUUCAAGGCUGAAAAAUCUGUUUUUGACCGACAAGGUAUUCCAAGAAGUUUGUCCAAUGCUCAGUUCUUGUGGAAGCCAGGCUGUCAUGCACCUGAAGUUGCACUGGAUACUGGUCACUGCAAAGUAUUCUUGGAGUCAGAGGAUGUGGGCCGGACCGUUGAUCUAUCAGUUCUUGGAUCAUAUGAAGAGCUAUAUAAAAGGUUAGAACACCUGUUUGGGAUUGAAAAAUCUGAAGUGAUGAGUCUUGUGUUCUAUAGUGAUGCAGCAGGUUGUGUUAAACAAGCUGGAGAUGAACCGUUCAGUGAGUUCAUGAAGACAGCAAAACGAUUGACAAUUCUCAAGAGACCCAGUAGUCAAAGUGAUGAAAGGAAAUUGAUUACUGGUGUGCCGACUGCUGAAUGUGGACUAGAUUCAACUAACCGUGCAGGACCCAUGAGCGUAUUUGUUUAG